AGAACACAACAUCAGCCAUCUUGAUGUUUGCUACGAUGGCAGUCGAUCAUCUGUUUGCAUCCUUCAUCCUUCUCCUUAUCUCUAACACGGGGUUCAGUGCUGAGAUCUCUGUGUUAGUGCAGACAGGAGAUUCUGUUCAACUGGAUAUACAGACACAACAACUACCAGAGUUUGAUAUUUUAUUCUGGAUGAAUGAUAAAUCAGAGAAUAUUGUUAGAUAUAGUGAUUCCAAAGGAGUAACACCUCACGAGUCCUACAAGGACAGAGUGGUUUUCAAUGAUAAAACCUUCUCUCUGACUCUGAAGAACAUGCAGAAGACAGACAGUGGACUCUACACAGCAAGAAUAAUUGGAUUAAUAAACAAAGAUUUGGUCUUAUACAGAAUAUCUGUUAUAGAUGCUGUGGAGGCUCCUGUCCUGACUGUGAACUCAAACUGGUCCAGCAGUGACUCCUGUACUGUGAACUUCACAUGUAGAGCUCAUGAGCUCAUGAUUAACUCCAGCUAUCAGAACAACAGAUGCUCUCCACAGGAAGUGACAUCACAGAUCAACGCUCUCAUCCUGGACUGCAGUGAGGAACACAUCUUCUGUAACCAUAGCAACCCUGUCAGCUGGAAACAAGACAGAAGAAACAUCACACAACUCUGUGGAGGGUUCAGUGCUGAGAUCUCUGUGUUUGUGCAGACAGGAGCUUCUGUUCAACUGGAUAUACAGACACAAGAAAAACCAGAGUUUGAUAUUUUAGCCUGGAUGAAUAAUAAAUCAGAGAGUAUAGUUAGAUAUAACAGUGAUUCCAAAGGAGUAAAAUCUCUAGAUUUCUACAAGGACAGAGUGGUUUUCAAUGAUGUAACCUUCUCUCUGACUCUGAAGAACAUGCAGAAGACAGACAGUGGACUCUACACAGCAAGAACAAUUGGAUCAAUAAACAAAGAUUUGGUCUUAUACAGAAUAUCUGUUAUAGAUGCUGUUAAGGCUCCUGUGCUGACUGUGAACUCAAACUGGUCCACCAGUGACUCCUGUACUGUGAACUUCACAUGCAGAGCUCAUGAGCUCAUGAUUAACUCCAGCUAUCAGAACAACAGAUGCUCUCCACAGGAAGUGACAUCACAGAUCAACGCUCUCAUCCUGGACUGCAGUGAGGAACACAUCUUCUGUAACCAUAGCAACCCUGUCAGCUGGAAACAAGACAGAAGAAACAUCACACAACUCUGUGGAGAUGAAAUCUCAAAGAGUGAUUCAUCUCGCCUGGUUAUAGCAGUUGGUACGGUGGCAGGGUGCAUUUUGCUUUGUGUUUCAGCUGCUUUGUGCUUCAAGUAUAAAAAAGGUGCUCAGGAGGAAGUAGAAGGUAAUACAGUCUAUGCUCAAGUUGAGGCUCAAGAAAUGCAGAAACUCAGCAGUGACUGCAAUCCUUAUGACAUUCCAGACCGGGUUCAAGCCGAGACACAAGGAAAAACGGGUGAUAAACAACCCAGCACAACCUACUGCACAGUAGGACAACACCAAAAAACACCAACCCAAUCUGAAACAGACCACACAAUUUAUUCAGCAGUGUGCAAACAACAAAACAAGAAACCACCUGUCAUAUCCACCAGUGACACUUAAAAUAAAACUGGUGGCCAUUUCUCACAUGAGGAAGGUAUCACAAGAUCUGAUCCCAAAAUGGCAUUUUUACUCUUACUAUCUUUGUCAUAUCUUUAUGUGGAAGAAAUAAUGAGAACAAUAUACAAGUGUGUUAUUUUGAAAAUCCAAUUUAGGUGUGCUUUCUCAAGCACUGGUUUAGUAUAUUAGAUUCAAACAUCCAGAUCCAACAGGUCUUACUUUUUUGUGUAUGACUGUGAAUUAUAUCUUAGAUUGAUUUUACUACACAAAACUUCAUAACUUUUAAAUAUAAUCCCACAGUGAGAAAAUAUUAAAUGCAGUAAACUGUGACAACUGAUCCCACAUGAGAAUUUAGUAUCAGAGGUGGGUAAUGGAUUACAUUUACUUGAGUAAAUUGUCUGGGUGACUAAUAUUUUUGGAGGAUAUUUAAAUAUGGGUAUUUUUACCCUUUCUUAGCUAAAUACUCUUACUUGAGCCAGAGACAGACACGUUUUUACAGCACUGCGCGUUAUAACCAAUCACACAAGAUUCUGCUGAGCUUAUGAAUGCAAUGGCCAAUCAAAUAAAUAAUGCUUAAUAAUAAUUUGCCAAUAUGCUGUUGUGGCUUCUGUGCGUCACAUGACAACCUGUCUGAUGACCAUGACUGUAGAUCCAUCAAAAUGCAUGUGCUUACUUUCUAAAGCAAAGUCAUUCUUUCUUUUUUAUUAUUAUUAUGCAAACAGACUAUUACAAUAUUUACAAAAAACAAAUUAAAUGCAAAAAACAAAUUCAGAGACCAACAUAACAUACAUAUCAUUACUAUUUGUGUGUGUGUGUAUGUGUGCAUGUGUGUUAGUGUAACUGUGUGAGGGAGUAGAAAUAUAUGAAUAAAGGGGGCUGUAGGGAAGU